CGUACGUGACGUGUAAAAUGGCGUCCCCCGCUGCCCGGCUAGCUGCACGCUGCUGGUCUGCGGGACACCGGAGCGCUCGUUUGCUCAAUGUCUCCGCGGGACAUGCGGGAGUUUGUUCGGCGACGAUAUCACGGACACACCGAGGAGGAGCAGCGCUCUGCCGGAGCUCGUGGACACCCGGAAGUGGCUUGACAUUGGGAGCACUGACAGGCUCCAGAUGUUCCUGUGGUAUCACCUGCCACUCUUUUCACACCAGCAGCAGCUUGGCAAACAAGCAGGACUUCUAUAAAGUCUUGGGUGUCUCCAGUACUGCGGCGCAGAAGGACAUCAAGAAGGCGUACUACCAGUUGGCAAAGAAGUAUCACCCGGACACCAACCCAGAAGACCCCGACGCCAAAGAGAAGUUUGCCCAGCUGGCUGAAGCCUAUGAGGUGCUGAGUGACGAACUGAAGAGGAAGCAGUAUGACACGUACGGAGCGACAGGCUUCGACCCGAGCCGUGCCGGGUCAGCAGGCCAGCAGCACUACAAGGCAGGGGGGACCAACAUAGACCCGGAGGAGCUCUUCAGGAAGAUCUUUGGAGAGUUUACUGGAGGAAUGGGCUUCGGAGACAUUCACAACAUGUUUGAACAACGGCCCGAGUUUGUGAUGGAGCUUACGUUUUCAGAGGCAGCGAAGGGGGCCAACAAGGAGCUGAAUGUGAACCUGGACGACGCCUGUCCGAGGUGUGAUGGGAAGGCCAACGAGCCGGGCACCAAAGUGUCUCACUGUAACUAUUGCAACGGCACCGGCUUGGAGACGGUGAACACGGGUCCUUUCAUGAUGCGCACCGCCUGUCGCCGCUGCGGUGGGAAGGGCUCGAUCAUCAACACGCCGUGCGCUCUGUGCCGAGGUUCAGGACAGACCAAGAAGAGGCAGACCGUCACGGUGCCGGUACCGGCUGGAGUGGAAAAUGGUCAAGCAGUUCGUAUGUCAGUCGGGAAAAAAGAAAUCCUCAUCACGUUCAGGGUUCAGAGGAGUCCGGUCUUCAGGCGCAACGGAGUCGACAUCCACUCAGACGUGUUGAUCUCUGUGGCUCAGGCCAUCCUGGGAGGAACCGCCACGGCACCGGGCCUCUACCAAACCAUCAGCAUACUGAUUCCUGCCAGCUGUCCGGCUGACCAGGUGAUCCGGCUUCAAGGUAAAGGGAUCCGCAGGAUGAACCGGUCCAGCUUUGGGGAUCACUACGCACACAUCAAGAUCCGGGUUCCAAAGAAGUUGACCCGCCGUCAGCGCUCUCUGCUGCUCAGCUACGCCGAAGACGAGCAGGACGUCCCGGGCACGGUGAACGGCGUGGAGGCGGCUGCAGGGGGCGGCAGCUCCUCGGGUUCUGGGACCAAGUCCACCGGCUCCGGGGAGGAAGAGGAGCAGCGCAAGGAGGAAGAGGGAGGCUUCCUCUCCAAGAUGAAGAAGAUGUUCACAUGAGGCGCUGCAGGUAGAAACCUGGAAAAAGAGGUGCAGGAAGAAAAAGAGUUUAAUAUUUAUUACGUGUAGAGCCUCUAUUUUAUUUACACACAAACAAACAUGGCGGACAUAAAGAUUCUAGUGUUGGACCGUUUUUGUAAAUAAAUUAUCAAAGAAAUUCAA